CCCUUCCCUCCCUCCCCUCUGGGCUGGGUCUGAAAGCUGGGGCGCCGGAUCCCCUCCGCAGCCGGGACGCGCGGAACUCGAGGCAGGAGUCGGCUUUCCCGAGCCUCCUCCCUCCCUUCCCCUUCCCUGUCCCCUUCCCCCAUCCCCCGACUCGGGCUUGGAGCGGCGGCCAGAGGAACCCCGAGCCUUGUCCCAGGCUUCUGAGCUGGAGGAUGGAAAACUCCUCAGCGGCCUCGGCCUCCUCCGAGGCUGGGAGCAGCCGCUCCCAGGAGAUCGAGGAGCUGGAGCGCUUCAUUGACAGCUAUGUGCUCGAGUACCAGGUGCAGGGGCUGCUGGCUGACAAGACAGAGGGGGACGGCGAGAGUGAGAAGACACAGUCGCACGUCUCCCAGGAGGAAGUGCUCAAUGGUGGACCAGCCCUGAGAGGCUUAACAGAAGAAUGGACAGCGGACUGCAGCAAGCAGCUGGACAGCGGCUGCUCCUUCUCCCGAGGCCGAGCCCCCCCACAGCAGAACGGCAGCAAAGACCAUUCUCUGGACAUGCUGGGCACAGACAUUUGGGCUGCCAACACCUUUGACUCCUUCAGUGGUGCCACCUGGGAUCUGCAGCCUGAAAAGCUGGACUUCAGCCAGUUCCACCGGAAGCUCCGACACAUGCCCAAGCAGCCCCUGCCACACAUCGACCGUGAAGGGUGUGGAAAAGGGAAGCUGGAAGAUGGGGAAGGGAUCAACCUGAAUGACAUCGAGAAGGUCCUCCCUGCCUGGCAGGGUUACCACCCGAUGCCCCAUGAAGCAGAGAUCGCGCACACGAAGAAGCUGUUCCGAAGGAGGAGAAAUGACCGGAGACGGCAGCAGAGACCCCCAGGAGGAAACAAGCCCCAACAGCACGGUGACCACCAGCCAGGCAGUGCCAAACACAGCAGAGACCACCAGAAAUCCUACCAGGGGGGCUCAGCACCCCACCCCUCAGGGAGGCCCACCCACCACGGCUACAGCCAGAACCGGCGCUGGCACCACGGCAACACGAAGCCCCCGCCCGGUGACAAGGGGGAGGCAGGCGCCCACCGCAAUGCCAAAGAGACCGUGGCCACUGAGAGCCCCAAACUUGAGGAUGCCCCAGGGGAUGCCGGGCACAGCAGCCUCGAGACCCCCUGCAGCCCCCACUCCCCAGCCCCAGCGGCUUCCGAGAGGCUCCCCCCACUGCAGCCAGGGGGUCCGGAGGCCGAGACAAAGCGUAAAGACAGUAUUGUCCCCGAGCGCGUCGGGGAGCGGCCCAAAAUUACCCUGCUCCAGUCUUCCAAAGACAGACUGCGGCGAAGGCUGAAAGAAAAGGUACCGGACGACGUGGCGGUGGAGACGCCCAGCCCACAGCAAAACAAGAUGGACAAGCUGAUCGAGAUCCUGAACAGCAUGAGGAACAACAGCAGCGACGUGGACGCCAAGCUCGGCACCUUCAUGGAGGAGGCCCAGAGCUCCACCAACUCCGAGGAGAUGCUGGGGGAGAUCGUGAGGACCAUCUACCAGAAGGCCGUGUCAGACCGCAGCUUCGCCUUCACGGCUGCCAAGCUCUGCGACAAGAUGGCGCUGUUCAUGGUGGAGGGGACCAAGUUCCGGAGCCUGCUGCUCAACAUGCUGCAGAAGGACUUCACGGCACGGGUGGAGCUGCAGCGGCAGGACGUGGAGCGCUGGCUGGGCUUCAUCACGUUCCUGUGCGAGGUCUUCGGCACCAUGCGCAGCAGCACCGGCGAGCCCUUCCGCGUGCUCGUGUGCCCCAUCUACACCUGCCUCAGGGAGCUCUUGCAAUCUCAGGAUGUGAAGGAAGAUGCUGUCCUUUGCUGUUCUAUGGAGCUACAGAGCACAGGCCGGCUGCUGGAGGAGCAGCUGCCUGAGAUGAUGACGGAGCUCCUAGCCAGUGCCCGCGACAAGAUGCUGUGCCCCUCGGAGUCGAUGCUGACCCGGUCGCUGCUCCUGGAGGUCAUCGAGCUCCACGCCAACAGCUGGAACCCACUGACGCCCCCCAUCACGCAGUACUACAACAGAACCAUCCAGAAACUGACAGCCUGACAGCCAGGGGGACUGGCAGGCAUCCCGCGGGCAGCUGGGGCCCUGGUGCACAGGGCCAGAUGGACAGGCGGGAGGACAGGGGUGGUCCUGGUGGGAGAAAGAAGUGGGGAGGACGGCAGGCAGAAUCGGCAGCCAGUCUGCAGCCAGGCAGGGGAAAGGACGAAACCCCUAAGAGGAGCCCCCCACCCACCCAAAUCCGAGCCCAGCCCCCAGCCCCGAGCAUGCGUCUGCUCACACCAAUAGGAAAGCAUGCUCCUUUCCAUGGUGGUCCCGGCUCUGGCCCAUCCUCACUCCUGCUUCCCCCACUCUCCCUCCCACAAAACGCGCCCUCCGCAGGGGCUUUGUGUAAGGGGUUGCAGCUCCCUGACUCCUCAGAGGCCGUGGCAGCCUCUCACGCUGGGGCUCCGCUUGGGUCCGAGAGGACCUCAGAAGGCUGGAAAGUGGGUCGGAGACGGGCUCGCAUUGUUCCCGCGUUCUGUCGGCCGCCGUCGCCAACUGGCAGGAGGCGACGUGCAGCAGAUGUUUGGGGACGACAAAGGCAGGCACGGUCCCCACCAGCCGCCCGUAAUUGACGGUCUUUGUCAGCCACAGUCGAGCUGGGGGCGAGCUGGGGGCGAGUCGUGUCGCCGGUAGCCUUCACGCUCCACCCUCCCGGCUUCUCUCCCUCCUCUCCUCGGCCCCUCCCCCAGCCUCGGGCCUAGGGGGUCGGGAGCAGGGAGGGGAGAGGGAGUUUGCAGUUAUAUUUGCACUCUUUUGUUUUAUUGUGUUUUGUUUUUCAAAAGUUGGUUGCUUUGAAGUCUUUUCUCAAUGAAAAGAGCCCGUGAUGUGAGUAAGGCGAGGACCCCCUGAUUAGUGGGAGAUCAAACCCGGGCCCCCUCUGGGAGGAAUCUAGCCACAGACGGCGUGCCAGUAGCCAAUUAGGGUAAUUGGAAACUUCUGCCCUGGCGGGGGUCCCCGCUGGGUUCUUGUGUUCCCCAGCCACUGGCCUGCAGCGCCUCAGCUCUCUCGUUUUAGUCUCUCUCUCUCUCAAAGGGCUGAUACUGUCACCACUGGAGCUGCAUUAAACCCUGUCCUGGCCCCAGGGUCUGGUGGCAAACAGGGCCCAGAAUGAGGCUGGAACAUUAAAACCAAAAUGCCAGGUGAUCCUUCCCAGCUCCCCACGUAGGCCUCCCUGGCCCCAAGCACUUACUGGGGAGAAGAGGGGCCGGGGCAGCCUGGCUCCCCGGGAUUCGCGGUUUAGCUGCAUGGGCCUUGUCAGCUGCCCUGGCUGCACGCGGGCCGGGUGCUCUGGCGUGGGCUCUGGGGACUGUGGGCCUAUGUUGUUGGGGAGGGAGUGAAUUCGUGGCGUCACGAUGGGGACAUUUGUAGCUAGCUAGAUAGACAGGGUCAUCAGACGGAACUUCCCGGGCUGGAAACGAGGCUGGGAUGUCUUAGAAGGACAUGUCCUGGGGAGCAGCCCUCUUCUGCAGGUGAGAGGGGAAGACACAGUUCGGGUUCCGGGAGGCUGGCUUUGGGAUCGUUACUAGUGUCCACACAGCUCCAUCUCUAGGGUCUGGAGCUCACAUUCUGAAAAGGACCCAGAAAAUGGCAUCAGAGCCCAUCUGCUUCCUCAUUUGUGGCCAGUUACUCUGCAGGUCAUCUUGGAGGCCCCUCCUGGAGAUGACGGAUGGGGAGGCCCCCCUUUAUGGAUUCUGAGUCUAGGAGAGCAGGCAAGGUGGGGUGGGCAGAAGGCUCCCAGUGCUCGCUGGCUUUCCCACUAGCCAUAUCCCGGGGCUGCCCGUCCCCAGAAAGAGCCUGUUGGGGACAUGGUCUGGGAGGCAAAGGUUUACCUGAAACAGGGAUCAGCAGCCUCUGCCAAGAAGCCCGUGCUGCCCCCGGCCCUGGCCUCCGCCCUCCCUGGCUCUCCUGAGCCUCCCUCCCUGCCUUCCCUCCUCUGCCCGCACCUGGGGCCCAGGAUCCCAGCGGCCCCACAGGAGGCCGUGAGGGAAGAGUAGGGAUGCUGUGGGGAUGCUCAGAGAGGGACACCAGGGAAAUCAAGCUCCUGCGUGCUCCGCCAGCCCAGCCCACAGCAGCCGCUCACUUGCAGCCUCAGCGAGCCGGGCCUGAGCCUGGGCCUGGGGCCGGCUUCCCUCCCUGGUGGUGUGUGCAUGCGUGUGUGCCUCGGUGCGUGCCUGCAUCUGCUGGGAAAGAAGCAGGCCCCAGGAAGAAGGGAGAGGCCCAGGAGCAGGGGCUCCGAUCAAAGAGGAGGCAAGGGAGCAGGGUCUCCCAGACCCAUUUUGGGACUCAGAGAAGGGAUUGGGGGGGCUCCAGAUCACUGUGUGCGGACGGGUCCGGUGUUCCCUGGAGAAGCGAGGCGGGUCUCAGAGCAGCACGUGGAACCCAGGGUCCCCUCCUAACGGCCCCCCUCCUUGACUGUUAGAACUAGAGUGUGGAAGAAGCAAGAUAUAAAUAUGUACACAUAUAUAAAUAUAUUUUUAAUUACGUGUCGUGUCAA